AUUUUCCUUCAAAAUCAUCGAAAUCUAACACUUUAAAAAAUAAAUUCGAAUUUAUCGAAACUGUCGUUGAAUCCAUAGUUCGCAAUCAUAUGUCGCUUGUGUCAUAGUCAAAAUCAAAGUACAGUACAAUUUCUUUCGAACAAUUUCUGUCUCUUAAAUUUAUGUGCCGCUCGUACUUUCAACUCGAGAAACUAUGUUUCCCAACUAUUGCUUCACAAAGGCUCCCAAUGAUUAUGGCUAUGACUUGUUGUAUAUGCCGAAGAACAGCUAUAAGCCCAGUUGCCAUCAGUCGAGUCGUGGCGACUCGCGUCCAUUGCGGCAGCGCAGCCAGGUCAAAAGUUAUGACCCCGUUUCGCAGCAGCCGCUAAAAGAGCACCUCGAGGGACUGCGCAGCUUGCACGGUCAGCGGUCACCCGGUCGAUCGGUGGAAUUUAACCUGCCUGAUCAGCAACUUUACAGGGAAAGGGAAAAUGCUGGCGGCAUUGAUCGGGAAUACAACAAAAAUCUGCUACAGGACACGUUACAACAACACCAGCAACAUGCAGCUCCUGCCUCGAAUAACGUACCUGAUUUUAAAAUGGGAACCUCAGAGACAUGCUCCGACUUUUUCAAUAUCCUCUACGAUAAUGUGUUAGAUGCGGUGCAUGCAGCGAUCGAUCAAAUGGUGACCAAGCACUUUUCUCAUAUAAUAUCCAGAAUGGAACAGAUUUCCUCCAAUCUAACGCAGCAAGAGUCGCUAAUGAAGCAGCAGAAUAGCGAUGUAAUGGGGAAAAUUCUUGAUCAGAAUGAGUCAAGCCUCAAUCAGUUCAAGUUCGUUGCCCAGAUGCUCAUCGACAAUCAAACUCUGUUUUAUCGUGCGCUCAACAACGUGCGAACAUCAAAAAAACACUGCAAAGAUAGCCCCACGGAAGAGAGCAAAUGUUAUAGUGUGGAUUGUGGUCAGCGCCUAUUAGACGAAUACGAGAUAGAGCAGAAGGAAAGUCCUUCGAAGCAAAGGCCUCAGCAUCAGCUUUGGGAGCAGCAAGACUUACAAACUAUAAACCAGCUGCCAACGUCCAAGAGCUGCCACCACAAGGCCUCGAAGUGUGGAAACGCCAACACCUCGAAGAUCACAAGUCUACAGCGAUCGGGCAAGAGAAUUUCCACGGCCAGCAUGCCUGAUUUGCAUCGCUCGACGCUAUUCCCUUCAUCUAGGACGCCCAUCUGCAAAAGCACUAAGUAUUCCCACCAACGUUCAAUCACGCCAACUCCGUGGACGCAUUUGGGAACUGGGAUACGUGGCAGCCAAGCGACACAGCCGAGCACAACGGGAUCAAAUCGCAAAUGCCGCUGUCAGAUCAGCGCAUCCACGCCCACACAAGCACAAUCACUUGGCUCGAAGCGAAAGUUACGUAGCUUUGGCAAAUCAUUGCAAAGUUUGGAAGAUGAAAGAUUCCACAAAUAAACCAUCUUUAAGCACUGAUUAAGGCCUGAACGCCAACCUGCGAUAGCUGCCAAUUGUGUUUCAUGGUAUUUUAAGCUCCCAUGCACACAGUUGACAGCCAUACUUGGUUGGCGCAGUGCUUAAAUUAUUUAUAAAUUAUACAGAUUUUACAAAUUUAUUGUAGUUAAAGAUUUUACAAUAUUAAGAAAAUUAUAAAUGAACAACAGACACUUCAAUACACGAAUGAACACUUUGUACAUAAUAAUAAUGAGGUAAAGCAGAA